UAUAACUAGAAGGAAGGUUUAAGCUCUGGGUAAAGGCACCGAAGCCUUAAUUAAUGAUUAGGGCUUAAACCGCAUUAGGGUCAUGCUUUCUUGCCAAUUAUACUAAAAAAACACUCGAGCAUGAAAUGGCUCAUAAAGUCGGCAGCAGCCGCAACAGAGAGGAUAUUGAAUCUCAGGCGUCGUGUUUGCAGAGCAGUGCAGCUCCAGCCUCCCAGUGCGCCCUAUGUCCACAGAAACGUACUCUUUAAAUGUUAGAUGCUUUAUUUACCUCGCUACAUAUGAUUGUAGCUGUUCACAUAGUUUUGCCUCUCAAGGCAGCAUGUUUGCCAUUUUGGAACCGGCUGAGGCAGGUGCUGAUAGUAGAGGUGGAGGGGGGUUUGACUAACGCUCCCCAAAGAGAUCAGUGCAUGGUGAACUGCAGUUGAUCCUCUACUCCUGAAGAUCAGCAUGAGGUACACUCCUCCCAUAAAGCAACACCUUCCCAGGUGGUUUGGCACAGAUAACGUGACCUCCUCUUACCACAUCUUCCAGUGUGAUCUCUGUCGUUGAAUGAGCAUUUGUGUUCUUCUUCGUAAAUGUCUGCAUUUGAACACACAUGUAAACAUGCAGUGGACGGCGGUGGUUUAUGCAGCAUUGAUGAUCGGUUCCAGUAUCUGCUCCGUGUUGGGGAACUUGGUAUUAUUGUUGGUGGUGUUACUCAAUCGGAGUUUGCAAACGGACACCUGGGGUCUCACUUUGAGCUUCUGCCUAUGUGAUCUGGCAUUGGGCAUCUCCACUAUUCCUUUUGGUGUCCAUAACAGCCUUUUUCAAGUCAAGAGCUACCCUAGUAAGAGUGCCACCUGCAAGGGAAGCGCCUUUCUGUUUUUGUUGCUCCAGCUCGCCUCAAUCCAUUCUCUCACCUGGGCGACAGUCGACAAGUUCACGGAGAUCUGCUUCGCCCUCAGCUAUCCUGUGAUCUUCACAGCAUAUAGGGCCAAAAUCAUCCUCGCAAUAGUAUGGGUCUACAGCAUCCUCACCGCAGCUCUGCCACUCUUUGGUUUUGGUAGUUACGUCUACAGCGAGACAAAGUUCCUCUGUGUUCCCAACUUCAAGCCGUCCAGCAUCGCCUUCAACAUGCUCUUCAUGGUGGUGGGAAUCAUCAUUCCCGUUGUACUGAUGUGCUCCAUGUAUGGAUAUAUAGUGCAUAUAGCCAGGAACCAGGUGCGACGAGGGACGUUUGUUUGCAACGAAGACCAUUGUUUCUACGUGCCAGCCAGUAGUUACUUCAAAAGCUCCAUAGUAAUGGUGACCACCACAGUGUGCCUGCUCGUUUGCUGGCUGCCAUACAUCGUUAUCUGCUUCUAUGAGACACUGACGGGAAAAGAGAGCCCGCAGCCUGCCUCGGCUGUUGCCACAUGGCUUGUACUCUUCACUUCAGCUCUUAACCCAUGGAUCAACUCCAUGACUCAAACGAGGUACAGAGCAGCACUGCGCAAAACCCUGAAUAAAAUCCAGCAGAUGUUUGAGUAUCCUCGUAAAAACUCCCAGUGCACGACCAUACAGCCACGCCGCGAGAGCAACAGCUUCUCCUCGCCAGCUCCCAGUGUACCUCCGGCACUACAAACAAACAACCAACCUCAGCAAGAACUCACGCUGGUUUGAGCGCGACCCUCACUGACCUUUGGUGGUUUCAAUAGCAUAGAAAUAAUCAUGACUUAAGGAAGCGUCUGCAGCAUCGCUUCACCCCAGAACAAGAGGACACUGGGUUGGCGGAGCUAACCAGAAGCAAUUUCGCUGCUUAUGAUGUAAACAGACUUCAUGCAGAAAGAAAAAACCUUGUGAUAUUCUACAGUAAACGCAUCUUGAAGAUAGAAGAGAAAAAAGGACUUUUGCUUCAGAAUUUGUAUUGUUUUCUUUUGUGACUUGAACACAAACAAUGAUUCAUUUUUUUUUCUAAAUGAAUGCUUUCUCUAAAAUGUUCAGCAUCUGAAACUGCCAAUCACAGUUCAAUUGCUUUCAGGAACUGCAUCCAUGAUGGCGCAAUCUGAACUGACGCAUUUCACAAGCUACAUAAAACAAAUAAAUUAAAGCUCACACCAAACUCUAAAAUGAUUAUUCACUGUACAGUAACUGUGUAAGCCCUCAAACACUAUACGAAUAUUUCACCAAAAUAAAAAAAAAAUUAGCAAAAAAAUGUAAACACUCAACUCAUUCAAAAUGAAGAUGAAUUGUUUCAUAUUUUCAUAUUUGGAGAAAUUCCACUUGCUCACCAAUGGAUCCUCUGCAGUGAAUGGGUGCCACCAAAAUCAGAGUUCAAAUAGCUGAUAAAAACACAAACACUAGUCAAAAUGUUUUGUCAAGAUUUUUUUUUUCUUGGAGAAAGCAUUAUUAUGGAAUUACAUUUUAGCAAGAAUCAAAAUUUGGAACAUUUUAAAGAUGCAUUUAAUUCUUACAAACAUGCAGCUUUUCACUUCACUAGAUGUUAUUUGAUGUACUGGAGUGGGGAUGUUUAUAUCACCUGUUUAGAUUCUCUUUCUGACGGCACCCAUUCACUACAGAGGAUCCACUGGAGAGCAAAUGAAGUAAUGCUAAAUUUCUCUAAAUCUGAUGAACAAACAAGCUGAUCUACAAGUAAAAUGUUUCUUUUUUUGGUGAACUAUUCCUUUAAAACCAUACAUACUCAGAACAACAAAAUAAAAAUAAAAUGAGUAACUUUGAAGACAAGACUUGCACCAAAUUAUUCUCUGUAAUAAAUAUUUCACGUCCUGUUCCUCCA